GCCUGAGCCGGAGCGGGCUCGCCACCGGUGCGGCCCCGUCGGCGCGGGGGUAUUGUCGGCGCCCCCCAGAGCGGCUUCACUUCCCCAUGCUCCAGCCGCGGCUGCCGCGGGCCGGGCUAUACGCUUAGUGCCCGGCUCCGGCCCCCUGAAGCGCCCGCGGGGGUGGGAGCGGCCUCCGGCUCCGCGCAGUCGGAGCGGCUAGAGGACGAGGCGGCGGCCGCGGGGAGGAGGAUGGGGGCUAACCAGUUAGUGGUGCUCAACGUGUACGACAUGUACUGGAUGAACGAAUACACUUCACCCAUUGGAAUUGGAGUUUUUCAUUCAGGAAUUGAAGUAUAUGGCAGAGAAUUUGCUUAUGGUGGCCAUCCUUACCCCUUUUCUGGAAUAUUUGAAAUUUCCCCAGGAAAUGCUUCUGAACUAGGAGAAACAUUUAAAUUUAAAGAAGCUGUUGUUUUAGGGAGCACUGACUUCCUAGAAGAUGAUAUAGAAAAAAUUGUAGAAGAACUGGGAAAAGAAUACAAAGGAAAUGCCUAUCAUUUGAUGCAUAAAAACUGCAAUCACUUUUCUUCAGCUUUAUCAGAGAUUCUCUGUGGGAAAGAGAUUCCUCGCUGGAUCAAUCGACUUGCCUACUUCAGCUCCUGUAUACCCUUUCUACAGAGUUGCCUCCCGAAGGAGUGGCUGACCCCUGCAGCCCUCCAGUCGAGCGUCAGCCAAGAGCUCCAAGAAGAACUGGAGGAAGCGGAGGACGCUGCUGCGUCAGCUUCCGUGGCAAGCUCUGCAGCAGGCUCCAGACCCGGGCGCCACACUAAGCUAUAAGUGUCUCCAAAGUCACACAUUCAGAACUGUCUCUGGCAGUUGAAUAUCACUAGAGAAAAGCAAAGAGUAAGCGUCUUCUGGAUAUUUCAUAUGCAAAGAUGGCUCUCCCCCAAAUCCCAGUUUUUCAGCUCAGGAUUAUAUUUGUAAUCAAAAAAAUCACUUGGCACAGGAGGGAGAACUUUGUAUGAAGCUACCCUCUGAUUUUUUUACCCACUUGUAAAUCUGGAUUUACUUCUUCUGUUUUAUACAAACUCUGUUAAGUUAUGUUUACAGUAUUUUGUAUUGCUGUUUACAAAUCUUGCAUGGACUCCUGCCACCGUGAAAGAAGAAAAUCUUCAGCUCUUCAAAAAUUAGGCAGGUAAUCUUUGUACACUUCUGACAAUUGCCAGAGCUAUGGCAUAAAUAAUAGGCACACAAAAAGGUACUUACACAAUUAUAGCCACCAUCACCUGCUUAAGAAUUUUCUUCUGGAUUUUUGUUUGUUUUUGUUCUUAAAGGUGUUGGCACCAGGAUACAGGGAACCAAACUGACCAAGGUGAGGGAGCACACACACAGCCCUGAGGGUCUGCCGGAGAGGUGGCCCCCCCGGGCCCACUGCCUCUCAGCACUCCCUCCCACUUUGAGUAGCACAGCCACCAAGGUUCCCGUUAAACUGUUGGUUUCAUUACAAAUAUCCAUCCACCUAGGCAGGGUGGCACAUUCUUGUGUGUAUCUGGCAUAAAUGCCUUUGAUUCUGAAAUUAAGAUGUUUUUCUUUAAGGAUAUUCUUGCUAGUGACUGACAGGUGUUUUUGCACAUGUCUUGGGAGAUGAGGGGUGAGGAGCUCCUUUUAUUUUAAUACAUACUGAUUUCCUCUCUGCAUAGAAUUUUGUUGAUGGGGUAGGAAUAUCCUAAGUGGUAGCUUUCUGAGUAGCAGUGUGAGUUGACAUUCAACUGCUUUUAACUAUUCAGGCUACCUUUUAUACUAGACUUUAAAAACUAGAGUCGAAAGUAGCACACCCCAAAAAAGGUAAUUCUUUGAUACUUCAAACUUCUUAUGUACCAUAUCAGAAGGAGUAUAUUGGCGUUUGUUAGGUUGUUAUGGGAGUAGUUUCACCUCAUAAAUAGAAAGCCUAGUUUCAUUUACCUCUUGUUGAAAAUCAUAUUUGUGUGUCUUAAAAUUCAUCUUUUUUAUGUUCUCUUAAAUGAUGUCUCUUACGUAACAUACACUACAAAUCAGUUGUCACCCUAGUUAAGUCCCCCUCAACAGGAAUCUGUCUGCCUGAGUCUACUCCCAGUUUGCUCCUCAGAUACGAGAACCAUGUCAUUACAUGUAAAAUUAGAUUUUUCUGCCUUAAGAAUGAAUGUCCUACGUAAAAUAUCGGAUGCAGUGUAUAAGUUAUCCAAGGCAGUCACUUCUGCUUUAUAUAUGUUUUAGUUUUAAAGUUAUUUACAAUUUAUUUAAACUUUAGAUUGGAUUAUUUGCUAUUGCUCUAUGUGAAGAUACAUAUUUUACAGUAAACUACAUUUUUAACUUUUCCAUAAGCUGAUUUUGAUUCAUUUUAUCAACUUAAGCACACCCUAAUCAUGGGGAAAAAUAAACCUUGGGUUGUAAGCAUUGACCUGAGGAAAAUGAAGCCUCUUAACCUAAUUUAUGCGCUUUACUGUUCUGUUUCUGUAGAGGAAAGCCUUUACAAAUCACUGUCAGUUUGUUAGGGGGCAGAGCACUUGUUUUAAGACAUGUAACAAAAAAAAGAAAAGAAUAUAUGAUCCUUAUGAAAACUUGACUUGGUUCCAGUCUAAAAAUGUGAUUUAGGACAAAACACUAAGGCUAUAGCAGUGAGUUGGGUCAUUAUAAGAUUCCUAUCACCAAAACCCAGGUUAUUGAUGUAGUUUGCUUAACAUUUUACUUUUUAUAAUGUGGUGAGUUACAGUUUCUCCUAAUCCAUUCAAAUUAUACAUGAUUUAAAUCUGGGCUACUGAUAACAUAAAGGAGUAGCCAUUAGACACUUCUUGGUGAUAGCCAAGAACAUUCCAUCUCUGCUUAUCCAGAAUCCAGCAACUCAGCACACAAAUGACUUUGUUAUUACUUUGUUGUAUUUACUUUCAUCUGCAGCAUUUGGAGUAUAAUAAAAAUAGUGUAAGGGUCUUGGUUGAACUAAAUAGUGGACUAAGCCCAAUUAUCUUAGUAACAAUCAGCAAAUAAAAAUUCUGGACACUAGAUUUCUUGUAUUCUAAUCAUACCUAAGGUUGGGAAAUAAGGAAAUGUUUUUAGUUUAGCAAUUCUCAUUCAAGUCAGGUCCCUCUCUAUAGUUCAAAAUUGAGAAUAGAUUCCAUUCACUAACAUUUAACCAGCUUUUCCCUGCCAUUGGAGGAAAAGAACCUUCUUCUCAACCUGAUUUUUCAUGAGAAAAAUCCUAUAUCAAGGGUUGUUCGUUAAGAUACAUGUAAUAGGAUGGAGUCAGAUAUUCUCUUUGUAGUGGUAACAAAUGAAACUUACUUCUUUCUCCUGGCGGAUUGGACACUACGAGAAUGUAGAGUAUCAAAAGCUACUGGUUCCCACUGUUUUAAAUGCCUUUUUUUUUUUUUUUUCCAAUAAAUCCUAAGACGGUGGCAUCAGUUUUGGGAAGUGUGUGGCUUAUGGGGUUGUAAAAGGUGGUGGUACUAUUGAAAGAGAGCCUGCACUUGAUGCCUGAAAUUCAGACAGCUAUUGCUCUGACCCAUAGCAAUAGAGCAAGUUACCCUUCACCAGCAUUUGUACAGAGCAGGGAAUUCUGGUUUUAGUUCAUUAAUAGCGUGUGUAUGAGGAGGUUCAACACUACAGAUGGCUGUAGGACUCUACAUCCAUGGCUUCUUUCCAUCACAAAACGGGUAGAAACACAUUCACUGCUUCAGGGUUCUAAUCUGUGUAUCUUCUUGUGGUUCCGUUCCUGUAAGAUACUCUGUAAUUUUGAUACAUGCUGUAUUUUCUUUAAACAAUUAAGUUUAAAAGACUUGAGUUCUGUUCAGCAAGCUGACUGUACUGCCAUUGUGUCCUUUUCAGUAUGGUUUUAGAGUGCAGCUGAAUUAUUAGACUUUUCAUUGUCUACUCAGUCAAUACAUGUACAUCUUCACUGUUUGAAAGGUGUUACAGCUGUUAAAGAAUCUUCGUGAACCUGAAGAUAAUUUCUUGUGAAGUUGAAUGCAGGUGUACUGUCAUUCAUAGUGUUUAUAUAAAAAAAAACAAAAUACCAGGAAUCUUCACUUUUGCUACCUUGAUAUAUUAUUGGCCUAUCAUGUUACAGCAUUGAAAUACAUCAAUUUAUUAAAAAAAUAUUUUAUAAGAAA